AUGACGGGAGAAAAAACCUCAAUUUCAUGUUUUUCACACCGCGAACUUUCGCCUCGUCGUGUGGAUUCAUGCAAUAAUGACAAUUCCUCCAACCCCGUCCCCCCGCUGAACGGCCAUUCCUACCGGGAUCCGUCGCCGCAAGAGGAGAAAUAUCACCAGCGGGAAGAAGUAAACAGGCAGGAUGGAUUAUUUCCCCCCACAGCGGAUACCUCAACGCUUGAGGACCGCCGGACGGUUGAAUGUCCAUCGACGGACGGAUUUGGGGUUAUUCCCUCCACCGUCUCCGUCUCUCUGCCGGUAACGGAGUGUCAGGAAAUACCCAUUCCAUCGGAUGAGCCACAACGAGGGGUGGAUCCACACUUUUCAAGUUUUUAUGCAUCCAGUUCAAGUAACACAGAGCUGGAAAUGGAAGAUACAAACUCAUUACCAACACAAAUGCAUACUCUUCAGGGUUCGAUAACGGAAAAGGAUAUGAAAAUGUUAGAACGCAAAGCACGUGGACGUUGCUUAGGUAUUGGAUCACGUACAUUUGUAGCAGUAAACAUUUUUUUAUUAGUGUGUUUUGUUGUAACUAUUUGUGUUUUGCCACUAGAGGCUACAUAUAGAAUGUCACUGGAUAAAGCAUUAGAGAAAUUGAGUGAUGCCUCAGUAGAACCAAUUAGUAGAGCUGUUGGUACCAACCUUUUUAAUACUGAAGAUGUUGUAAAAUCUCUCUUUAAUAGUCUUCAGUUGAAUCGCACGACAUCCAUACGUGUAUGGAGUGAAGAGAAUAUGCCAGAAGUAAUGCAGCAACUUUGUGCUACAUUGCGAACAUCUAACACGGGAAAACGUUUGCUGUAUUUGCAUCUCAGCAGUCCUUUCUCAGGCUUUGGGGCGUAUUGUUCACAGCAGUAUGACGGUGAAACACUGGUGGGAACAUAUCAUUCAGAUAAUAAUUCUGACUUUCGUUAUGUGAUAGACCCAAAGACACUCUUGUAUGCUGAACCACUUGAACCGGUUUACAUGGCUAAUACAAUGACAGAGAUGGAGUAUGCUAUUGAGUUUGCUUUCGCCGAAAAUGCAUUUGCAAAUGUUGUCUUACCGUGGUAUCGUGAGGGUAGAGACAACAAUUGGUGGACAUUUGUCCAUAAUAAUGAAAUAUUAAUGACCUUUACUUACCCUUUUACAGACUACAGAGGUAAUCCGGCGAUGCUUACAACUGCAUUGCAACUCAAGGGAUUACGAUAUUUUUAUGAUGGGACCUCUGGACCAGUGAAGUUAGAUUCUGUAAUGGUGGUAGAACUUCAAACCGGGAUCGUACUAAGCAAGAGACCAUAUGGACGAGGACCAACUAUGUGGGAUAAUUGGAAUUGCACUCAUGAUCCAAAACUUUGUGAAAAACUUCCACAAGUUGAAUACCUGGAAUCACUUAAUGAUCCAUACAUGGCUGCAGCUGUCGAGAAAUUGGGUGGAAAAAGUGGAAUUACAGUGCUUGCGAAGAAUGGGAACCUUGUUGGAUAUUCCUUUAACCUUGAAGGUGAACAUUUUCGUGUUAUUAUAAGUCGUGUUCAUACGAGUGAUGAACGUCUUAGAGUUGUUACUAUUGCUCUUAUCCGAGAAUCGACGUUAACCAGCAGUUUAGAGACUUCGAACAAUAGGGUAUAUCUCGCCAUUGUUUUUUCUAUAAUUGCUAUUGUGUUUGCAGAAUUUGUCAUUAUUUACGCUUAUACAAGACCGUUACAUCUUUUGUUUCGGGGAUUUUUAGUGAUGAUGCAAUUUCAGGACGGAUCAAAAUAUUUCAAAUGUUCAUCUACUUUUAAUGAUGUGGCUUGGUUGCAACUCCAAUUGAAACAGUUUAAUAGACAAUUGAUGUAUAUGAAAACACUUCUUCCCACUGAAAUGGUAGAUGAAUGGUUUUCAAGGGUCAGCGAUGCCAAAAAACUAAAAUUAUCUACGCAAGAAAAAGUACAAAAUAUCAAAUCGAUGGAACAGGGACAGGAGAAUACUACUAUUGAUACUACUAAUGCUAUAGGGAUAAUGACAGUGCCAUCGGAAACUACUACUUCACACGCCAGUGAAUAUCAUAUGAGCGACAAUCGUUCCAUAAGGUCUGAUGAAUCAGAUGCACUUUGUUCCAGACUCCAUGAGAGUAUAUUAAAAGAUGAGCUUAAUCAGUUUCGUCGACGAUUCUGCAGUAUUGUCUGUUUAUCUAUGGCUCUUCCCGAUUAUGAUCACUCAAUAGAUGGUUUUGUGAAGGCAUUCUCGGAAUCAAGUGUUCCUCUUAUCAUGCGUUACAGUGGUGUAAUAGAGGUUCAGCGCUCAAACUUUUUAUUAGUCACUUUCGGUGCACAUUCCCAAAUGGCACAACAUCAAACACAGGCAGUACGUUUUGCAUUAGAUUUAUUACAGAUCCUCCCACCUGAUAUUGCGGAGUGUGUUGGCGUUAUGGUGGAUUCUGCGGAAUAUCUCGUGGGAACCUGCGGAACACCAGAGUUCAAUACGCGAACCACGCAUGGACUUCAAAUUCCCAUGCAGUUGGACUUAUUAAGACUCAUCUUAUCUCUUAAGUGUCACAUUGUCGUUACCCGGCCUGUCUCCAUUGCGCUUGAUAAACAGUUCCUCACUAUUCCUGUAGAGGCGGUUUGCUGCGGGGAUCUCAACACAACACUGGUCUUAUAUGAACUGCGCGGCUGCACGGCCGCAUUGGCCAGCGAAUACGUCUCGGAUCUCGUGGAAUACAUCGCCAUCAUACGGCGGGCAUUUCUGCACAUGUUGGGGGGAAGAUACGCAGAGGCCGCACGGUUGCUUGUGCAGAUUGAAGGAAAAGAUGUACAGGGCGACAGACUAUUGCGGGCCUGUCGUCGUCUUUUGCGAAAGGGAACUACAAAACCGUAUGUUCGUACAUGGGGUCAAUUACUCGCCACGACCCAUCGACGUAAAGAAAUUAUUAAUCAUAACAACACGGUGGAUACUUCUUCACCGUUACCAGAUUAUUUUCGUGUACCAAUGCUGCGUGCAAAACACAGCUUUCUGCAAGAAGGUUCAGAGUUGGAGAAUACUCUGUUAUCUGGAGUCUCUGCGCGCAGCGGUUGUUCAAGAGCCGCAACUCCUGCCAAUAACAGUUUUUCAGGAGCCAUGCAGUAUGAGGAUGCUUGUGAUCGACCAUUAUUUGAAAUGUUAAUUGAAUCAUCUAUUGAUGAUAAUGAUGAUGUGCAAGAUGCAUUUGCUUUGAGCAGUCGCUAUAAUGAAGGAAGUAUUUCACCUACAGCCCGCAGUAAUACCAAAGGGGAAUUGCCUUUUGUAUUUGAAGAUCAUCAGGGAAACUCAUGGGUACGUUCUGUAGACAAAUUGGGAACAGGUGCCUUUUCAGUGGUGUAUCGUGGAAUGUCAUCUUUGGGAGACCUCGUCGCACUAAAAUGUUUCGCCUUACGUUCACGUCAUAUUGAAAUUGAAGAUAUUGUUGAGGAAUUAAAAUUAUUUUCUCAACUUAGACAUGGUAAUAUUGUGCAAUACAUCAGUUGUUACUUAUCCAGCGACUAUCUUAUUGAAGUUAUGGAACUUGUACCAGGUGGAUCACUUGAUGGUAUUUUAAGUGGUUUUGGAACUUUAUCAAUUGUAACGGUCCGUCGUUUCUUGCGAGAUGCCUUAAAUGGUCUUAUGUACUUACAUUCUAAAAAUGUUGUUCACUGUGAUGUGAAACCGCAUAAUGUACUUGUUGCGAUGGAUGGUGUAUACAAGUUAAGUGACUUUGGUUCUUCGCUAUUGCGACUAACAAACUCCAUGCAUGAGAUCAGUGAUGUGUGUGAGAUGCGGGGAACGCCUGGGUAUAUGGCUCCUGAGGUGGCGCGUGGGGAACUGCCAACCGGGAAGAGUGAUGUCUUUUCGCUGGGCAUCACCGUGCUGGAACUCCUCACAGGACGACUUCCGUGGGAUUAUGCCUCUGAACAAGGAGAGGAGGGGGUACAAACAACCCAGAAUAUAAAACUUCCAUCGCAUCAAGGAGAAGGAGAAGGAGAAGGAGAAGAAGAGGAAUAUCUACAAAAUAAUACAGGGAGAGAGGAGACAGAGGGAGAGGGAGGAAAUGUGAUGUCUUCUAUUGAGAGAAAUGUGAAUGUGGAGGAGAAGCGGCCUGUGUCACCCACGUGGAUUUCACUUCACGAUAAUGUUUUGUGGCCCGACACCACAAUAAAUCCUCCGUCUAAUGUUCUUAAUAACAACAAUAAUAACAACAGACAGACCACACGUCCCCCUAUUGAAGAACUCCUGCGCAGUCCAGAGCAACUUCUCAUUCGCGUCAGUAAAGGUGAAGUCGUGCCAGUCAUUCCACAAUGGCUGGAGGACGAUGUUCAGGACUUUGUGCGGUUGUGUGUGGCCCCCGAUCCGGAGAAACGGGCAACCGUGAAGGAUUUAUUACAUCAUCCAUGGAUGUUUUAA